AUGGAGCCGGCUGUGCUGAGACAUUUGCUGUCCUCGGUAAUUCUGGGCUCUGUGAUCCAUGGCUCCGGAGUGAGCGCACUGAACAAUGGCCUGGCCCUCACCCCUCCGAUGGGCUGGCUACACUGGCAGAGGUUCCUGUGUCAGACUGACUGCAAAAACUAUCCGUCUUCUUGUAUCAAUGAACAGCUCUUCAUGCAGAUGGCGGACAUCAUGGUGUCCAAUGGAUGGCUGAAAGCAGGAUAUAAAUAUGUGUGCAUUGAUGACUGCUGGCUGGCUCCAAACAGAGACAAGAACAACAGGCUACAGGCUGACCCGGACCGAUUCCCAGGAGGCAUCAAGAAACUCGCUGAUUAUAUGCAUGACCGCGGCCUACUGUUUGGAAUAUAUCAAGACGUGGGCAACAAAACCUGCGCCGGAUUUCCAGGAAGUCGAGAUUUUUAUGAGUUGGAUGCACAAACGUUUGCAGACUGGGGGGUGGACCUACUGAAAUUUGAUGGAUGUAAUUAUGGAACUCUGGAGGAUCUGGAAGAAGGGUACCGUCGUAUGGCGAUUGCGUUAAACCGUACCGGGAGAGAUAUUGUAUAUUCCUGUGAAUGGCCGCUGUAUGCUCGUCAAGAAGCACAUGUUAACUAUACGGAAGUUGCUGAAUACUGCAACUCAUGGAGAAAUUUUGGUGAUAUUGAUGACUCAUGGGCAAGUGUGAAGAUGAUCUUGGAUUUUACCGCCACUCUCCAAGAACAGCUGGUUCCUGCAGCGGGUCCAGGAGCUUGGAACGAUCCAGACAUGCUUGUUAUAGGUAACUUUGGAUUGAGUUGGGAUCAGCAAGUUACACAAAUGGCUCUUUGGGCAAUCAUGGCUGCACCUUUAUUAAUGUCCAAUGACUUGCGGGCAAUAAGCCCAGAGUCUACAGCUCUCCUUCAGAACCAAGAGGUCAUAGCCAUCAAUCAAGAUCCUCUAGGAAUACAAGGAUACAGGUUACUUAAGGUUAAUAAUUUUGAUCUGUGGGAGAAACCCCUGGCGAGUGGAUCUUUGGCCAUCUCGGUAACAAAUCGUGAAGAAAUAGGCGGUCCUCGUUAUUUUCUGUUGGUACGAGCCAUUCUCUGGGAUGGACUAUCUUGUGACGCUUGCUACGUCACGCAGUUGCUUCCAAAGCGCUAUGAAUAUGGAUAUUAUAAUUCCUCUCAAGUCUUGAAAGUGCCGGUGAAUCCAUCGGGAACCGUGCUGCUGAGGCUGGAGUAA